UACCGCGCGUCACUGUGCGCGCGCCUCUGCAACAACUGGAAAACAACGUUUGUGUCACGGGACCGACUGGCGCACAUUGAAGGCAUGUAACAUCUGGGAGGGGCGUCGCUGCUCUGACAGCGAGUCUGCCGGCUGUGUGUGAAAUAGAGAGGGGGGUCUUCAUCCGGCGCAGAAGGGGAAGCUUUCUUCUCUCUGAAAGCAGGUCUGCCGAGAUGCGCAGGGCUCCGACUCAGCGGAGGACGCGAGGCUGCUGGUGAAUUACAAUUGGGAUACAAAGCCACUAUGAACGAGGGGCUUUUUCCACUCCGUGUACUGACGAUUUAAUUAGUUUAAGCUUUCUUCUUCUUCUUUUUGUGGGGAGGAUUUUUUUUCUUGUCCCGUGCUGUCACGCAGGAAUGAUUUUUCUCGCUUUGGUUUUGCUUCAGAGGACCAUGGAGACCUCCGGAGACAUCGGUCAUGCUCUCUGGUGAGGGCGUGGUUGGGAGUGUGAGUUGUAAAGUCCCCAGAAUUACAGCACAUGGAGGUCAAAGGACAUCUGAUCACGUCCAUGGGUCUGGGGGCUCCGGAUGUUCAAGGCUGCCAGGACAGCAAGCUGCAGGCUGAGCGGAUUGCAGCUCUGCAAGAGAGGAAGCAGGCCCUGGAGGCUCUCCUCAACACCAGAGUGGGAGAGCUCAAACAAGUCUGUUUGCAGGAAGCAGAGCUGACUGGGAAGUUGCCACGUGCUUUCCCCCUGGAGACUGGAGAGAAACCCCCACUGGUGCAGCGCAGAGCUGGCCUGUUGCCCAACGCUAAGGCAGAGGAUGAGGCGGCCCAGAGAAAGCAGAUGAAAGCCAUCUUCACUGGUGCUCUCUACAGACACUCAGAAUCGGACCGAAACGUCCCUAAUAGCAAGAGGACAGUUCAUCGGGGGUGUCACACGGAGGACACAGUCAUGUCAGAGAGCACAAGCUCCAUGUCAGACUCGACAUCCCAUGACAAUGAGUCCUCCCCCAGUGUGGCUGCUGACCAGCGCUCUCUGUCUCAGCCCCGGCUCACUUUGGGCAGCCCUGACCACAGGAUCAGCAGGAAGCUGUCUCCAGUCGAGAUUUACUACGAGAUGAGGACGCGUCGCAACUCGGUCACAAGCUCCGUCAGCCCAACUCACUCUUUACCAAGAAGUGCAUCUAACGUUGAAGGCAGAAGUGUUCCAGCUACUCCUCUCUUGGCACGAACCGCUCCUAUCAGCGUACACGUCAGGUCGGAUGCAUCAGGUGGUAAUGGGUUGAAGCAGUGGUCUGGCAGCCUGGAUGUGCCCUAUAUGAUUCCGCUGGCCCAGGAGGGCUCUUCCUCCGACCGGCGAAGCUGCCCUUACAGCUCCCGCGCCAGGCGAAGCAACAGCUCUGAAGCCCUGCUGGACAGAUCGAGCCUCCCUGACGAUCCUGCUCCGAGAAAUGGGAUGCCGCCCAGAGGAGGCCCUUACAAGAGCUCAGAGACACUGACUGAUGGCAAGCUGCGGCACAUUCAUCUGGGCAGCCCUGAGAGACAUGUUGAAGGCUCUGUGGAACAGGCCAAAUUACGUCUGUCUAUGGGUGGCAGAGGGGCUGGUGGUGGCUACAAUGAGCUAUUGAUGGACUAUAUCUGGGGGAAACAGCAGAGGAUGCAAGUGCAGCACCACCUGUACCAGUCCACUGGCAGGAUCUGGCAGGAUAUGUCCUCUCCUCGGUCCUCCACUGCGGCUGUGCCUCCCCACGCCAACGGCUUUUCCCAUUCCCAGGUGCACCUCCCCAGUGCGGCACCUCCUUACAGCCCCAUGGUCCUCCGAGGGUCCCAAGCCGAGCUGCGCAGGGUCAAAGUCACCAGAACCAAAUCUUGUGGACCAUUUAUUCCUUUGCAGCAACAUCCCCAGGAUGCCAUCCUGCUGUCAGCCUACGAGUCUCCCCUUCCUACCUCUGGCACCACCACAUCCUCCAUCCCCAAUCUGCACCCCUACCAGACAGAGCUAUCUGGCCCCUCCUUCAACCGCAGACCGCCACAGUUCUCUCUCCCGACCCCAGAAGACUCAACGCGAAGCUUGCAUAAAGCCCUGGCUCUGGAGGGACUGAGGGACUGGUACCUGAGGAAUGCCCUCGGCUAUCCUCCUGCGGCCUCAAAGGGCCACGAGGCAGGGAUCUCUCGCCUCUCACACCCCUAUCCACUGGUGCACCAAGCCCAGUCUGUUCAAGGUGAACCAGCCAACCUCCACAGGUCUCAGAUACCCCAGUCAGCCAGCUUCCAUGGUCACCCACUGCAUGGAAGGUCGAUGGAGUUCUCUCUCUAUCAGGAGACUCCUCAUCCACAGAUGCAAGAAGUGACCCCAAAGGAACCCAGUGCAGACCCAGGAACCCUAGUCUGAAGCAGCAGAGAAACACACGUAUAGACUCACAACAUUAUAUGAGCAAAAACACUGUAGCCUCACACACACACGCACACACACAUUCACUCAGACUCACACAGUCACACAGACAAGUUGAUACAAUGUGACCUCAGCAGCAAAACAAAACAUGGCAACCUCAGCAGAAAGAGAAUAAAUGACAAACCAUAGCUGUACAGUGUGAAGAAGCCUUGGCAAGCUCCCCGUGUUCUACCUGAUCCCACCAGUAUAUGAACUUCAAACCUCAGUGUUCUCAUGUGGAUGUGCACUGGAGCUGACUUAACUAAUAGUAAUACGGUCAUGCUGUACUUCAUAUAUUGAUAUUUCUUGUCCGACACGAGCAGUGAAAUCCUUCCUAAUAAACCUGAAAAGUCUCCGGAGAUAUACUUUUUUACAGAAUAUAUACAACUCUAAAUCACUAUUUUGUAUCGUCUGAGAUAUAAAGAUACAGUUAUAUUAAAGAGGUAAUUUAUUGCUCAUUAAUCGUGUGAUAUACAAAGAUGUUAUAUGAGCUCACAUCAUUUGAAAAGUAUUCAUACAUGCCGGUGAAUGUGUGUUUGUAAAUUAUAUAAAAAGGUAAAAAAAAAAAAAAAAACAUGCCUCAGUCUUUGUCUGCUCUUCACAGCCAUUUGUAUUUUUCAUGUUUGAUAAACGAAAUGGGCCAUGAACUGUACCGGUGUAGCGGACGAGAGUGCCUAAAAGUUUUAAUAUCAGAACUAAAUCUUGGUGAGAAAACUUUAAAGUGCUUUCUGAUAAUGUGAAAAAUGCUGGCAUUAAGCCCUUGUGAGCUUCAUCUAAUUGAAAACUGAAAGCAGUUCACGAUGUCAUAAAAUUAGGGUAUUUGGAUUGAUGUCAUACAGAUUGUGAUUUUUCGGUUCGUUUUCUAGACUCAGCUCGGUGCUGGCCGAUAAAUGUAGCUUUCUCUGUGCUGACCUUGACAGAAUAAUUAGACGAGUUUUAAGAAAAACCCCCGAGGGCUGUCGUGAGACCUGCUGUAUGGCUGUAGCACAUGACUGUAUGACAGUAAUUUACUCAUAUCAAAUCAGUUCUUUCUGCAGUCGCUUGUGGAUGAUUUGAGUGUCAUAUGGAGCACUUUAUGAACAUCUUAAGCCUUAAUUCCCUAUUAAAUUGUCUCCAAGUGAGAUGACAGGCAGUAGGAAGCUUAGGACAGGGUUUUUAACUGGGAAAAAUUAAGCAAAGUGAGUUUUGUCAACAUCUACUGAGGGUCAGUGUUAGUCUGUAUAUAGUGUGGAUUGUACUGAUGAGUUUCAAGCUGAUAUUUUCUUCCCGUACUAACAAUGUAAUUUUUAAACUAACGACAUAUGUAUUUAAUCAGAAUAAACCUCCCGCACACUCAUUCCGCCCCCUGGUGAGCACUAUUGAAUUGGUUGCAAAAAAUAAAGUGAGGUUGGUGGUGUGAACAGAAUAGGGCUGCUGCAGUUUUGAAUGAUGGUGUGAGCAGGUCUCAUACCAGUAAAUUUGCAAAUGAGAAUUCAUGCUGGCUGAUUUUUGUAUUUGUAAUGAUUUAAACUCAUUUCGUGUGCUUUUUUUUUUUUUUUAAGAACUUUACAUUAGUUUUAAAUCAGAGUAGUUAUGUGUCAUAAUACAGUAUAUUUGUAACCAGAGUUUUAAUAGCUGCAACGUAAACUUCAGACAAGUCAGAAUAAUAAAUGAAAUUCUCAAGGAGGCUGAAAGUAUUUGUCUCAGUGUAAGCAGAAUUUAAUGUAUUUUUAUCCCCCCCCCCCAUUUAAU